CAGUGCAUGCCUCAGAUGUGACACUGUACGUUAGCUGGUUACAUGAUUAGGUCCAGUUCAGCUAGCUUUGACGUAGUAACCUUUCCUCACAAGCAUUGAAUGGGCUUGCAUCUUAAGGACUUUUCGGAAAUCCCAACAACGAAUUUGAAAUCUUGACUCCACGGAUAUUGCCACACCACUGAACUUAUGUAGUGUUAGGCUUAAAGUUGCUUUCAUCGUUAGCAUUUGAGCUAGCUCGGACUAGGCUAGGUGGCUAAGUUAUGUUUCUUUUCUGCAGCAGGGUUGCAGGCUGGUUUGCUGGCUAGCAUUGUGAAAUUGCUUUAACAGUUAAAGACCUUGGUAGCUACAAGGCGCGUAACCAACGUUUCAGUAGUUAAACUGUUUGGCAAAACUAUAAAAAUUGGGACUGUAUGUGUCCGGCUACAGCUGGAAUCAACUGGUCAUACUUGCUAGCUAGUUAUACAUAUUGCCUAUGUAAACACCAUGGACGUGUACCAACAAAAGUUAGAUAAGUCCAUAUAAUAUCGGCAAAAUGGAAGCAUGCAUGAGGUUUCUUUGCCGAGAAGGACUGCGAGGAGCAAAUGAGUUGAACUUUUUAGCUUGCUCAAGUUGUAUUCCUCUCAGAACUGUGAGAGGUUCAAGAUCACCUUUCAGUUGUCCUAAUGCUCAUCACUGCAUGUCAGCAACAACGAGAUGUCAUGGAGGUCAAAUACACAGACUAUCACCGAGAAUACAGAAAUCACAUUUUAACACUGUGUCAUGUCGCUUCAAAGUGUCAGAGGCUUCCCUGUCCAGUGUUGCUCCAGUUUUUGUCAUGAUGAAAUUUGACAAAAAUGGGAAUGUAACCACAUCUGAGAAGAAGAAAACGGAGCUGUAUCAGGAACUGGGUUUACCAGCCAGAGACCUGAGGUUCCAGCACCAGACAAGCAUCAACACACGCAACAAUAGCAUCAUCCUACAGAUGGAGUCUCUGAAGGCCAUAGUAACGCUGGAUCGGCUGCUGGUGCUGGACUUCCGAGGCACGGGGCUGGAGAAGUGGCUGGUGCUGGAGCUGGGCCCACAGCUGGCUGGAGACGGCGCGCUGGUCACCUACUCCUUACCCUUUGAGUUCAGAGCUCUGGAGGCCAUCCUGCAGCACAGGGUGAACACUUUGCAGGCCAGGCUGAAUGAGAUGCAUCCUCAGAUUCUGGACUCUCUUGAGUCUCUGAUGGAUCCAAAAAUCUUAUCUGCAGACCGAAGCAAGCUACACAUGCUUCUGCUCAAUAGCAAAGGUCUUUCAGAGUUGGAGACAGACAUCAAAGUAUUCAAGGACAGUCUGCUUAAAAUCCUGGAUGAAGAUGAGCUCAUUGAAGAGCUGUGCCUGACCAAAUGGACCGACCCCCGUGUGUUUGAGGAGAGCAGCCUGGGUAUUGACCAUGCGGAGGAAAUGGAACUGCUGUUGGAGAACUACUACAUGCAGGCAGAGGAACUUGGCAACAAGACUCGUGAGCUGAAAGGCCUGAUUGAUGACUCCGAGAGUGUCAUCUUCAUCAACCUCGACAGUCACCGAAAUGUGAUGAUGCGGCUGAACCUGCAGCUGACGAUGGGCACCUUCUCCCUGUCCUUGUUUGGGCUCAUUGGUGUGGCCUUUGGGAUGAACCUGCAAUCCAACUUAGAAGAGGACCCCCGUGUCUUCUGGAUGGUGACAGGGAUCAUGUUCUUGGGCAGCGGGCUGAUUUGGAGACGGCUCCUCUCCUUCCUGGGACGACACCUGGAGCCGUCUCAUCCACCCCCUAUCCCCCCAGUGUGGAAGAAGGGCCACAUCACCUCCCUGAGAGGGACAGAUAUGAAAGGAGGAGUCAGAUGAUGAUGAUGAUGAUGAUGAUGAUGAUGAUGAUGAUGAUGAUGAUGAUUAUGAUGAGGUGGAGAAUGACCGUGGUGAUAUUGAUGAUGUUGGUGAUGAAACCACAAACCAAAUGCUCGUGGAAAGGUGAAUCAUGUUCGCAGUGUUUUGCAUUCAUGUUAUUGACGUUCAGGUUUUGUGCUUAUAUUUGAAAUGUACAUUUGAUCAUGUAGGUUUGUGGUUUCAAUUGUAUUUAUUUCUGUAAGUACACAAGCACCGUGCCACCACCCUGUAGAGCUGAUGUCCUCAGUGCAGCUCACUGGCUACAGUGACGAAGAUAGAUACCUCUUUAAAACAUUACAGUAAUAUAGGAUGACCUAACGUUGCCUUUGCACCUAUAUAACCGACUUCUGAGUCUGACACACAGUUCCUGCACAUUUGAUAUUUUUUGUAACCAUGGGUGUAAGACAGUGUUUGAAAUGUGCUUUUGCUGUUUUAUAACCACCACAGUGUGUACCAAGCAGGUUGACAGUUUGGUGAUACUGAUAGAAUGAGACUGUGAUCAAAUUAUGCUUCUAAUCAUAUUAUGACUGUUGUAUUUUACAAUAAAAUUCAAGUCACAGAAGAAGAUGAUAUA